AUGCAUACCCAGGCACUCCUCAAAGUGUGCCUCCUCAUCUGUGGACUUGCCAAUGCGGCACCUCAUGGCGCCCUUCUUGCGAGCCGUGACCCCGAGCCAGAUGAGUUGAUGUAUGUCAACUCCAAGCGAGAGGCUUCUCCUGAGGAGUUGAUGUACGUCAAUUCCAAGCGAGAGGCUUCUCCGGAUGAGUUGUUGUAUGUCAAUUCUAAGCGAGAGGCUUCUCCUGAUGAGUUGAUGUACGUCAAUUCCAAGCGAGAGGCUUCUCCUGAUGAGUUGAUGUACGUCAAUUCCAAGCGAGAGGCUUCUCCGGAUGAGUUGUUGUAUGUCAAUUCUAAGCGAGAGGCUUCUCCAGAUGAGUUGUUGUAUGUCAAUUCUAAGCGAGAGGCUUCUCCGGAUGAGUUGAUGUACGUCAAUUCCAAGCGAGAGGCUUCUCCAGAUGAGUUGUUGUAUGUCAACUCCAAGUGA